UCCUACUGCACCGUAUUUCUGUAGCACUCGACGCUUUAUGCUUUGUGCCGAGUGUGGUCAACAGACGGAAUGGGACGACUCAGUAUGCUCGCGCAUCUGCACCCAUUGCGGCACACUCGUGGACGCUCAGCAGGCCCUGUUAUCCCACGAUGCCUUUGAGAACUCAACAAAUACUUCAAGUCGCGCACCCCUCAAGAGCCUGCGGACAGGUUGGUCCCUCCACCAGGACAAAAGUACUCGUGAUGCGCGCCAUCUUCACGCACACAACACAUUCAUUGCCUCCAUUCUCAAUCGGCUCUCCCACCCAGGUCAUGCAGCCCGCGCCCAAACCCUCUUCUCUCUUGCCAUGGAGAAGACGGCGUCCAGAUGGGGACGAAAAGCAAAGUUGUUAGCAGGUGCUUCCAUCGCUAUUGCACUCAGAGAGGCUCACACAUCGACCCCAUUACAUGACCUCGCUCAGAUGCUAGACGUCUCCCCGCCUUCUCUUUCGAGAACUUUAUCUUCCCUUAUCUCCACCCUCAACUUUACGCUUGACCCACUGGAUCCUUCCGCCCACUUUCCUCUUCUCAUAUCCCACCUUCGGUUUCUACUUGAAGCCAACCCACCGCAGCUGCCUGCCGACCUGGUCAAGCGUCUCGCAGGCACAAAUUGGAUAGAAGUGAGUGCAACAGGAUCAGCACUGGCCGCUCUUCCCGCUAGAAUUGACCCUGAUCAUUCACUCUUGAGGCUUCCAACGCCUCCAACUGCAUGCGCUCUAUUGAUACUAGCCCUCGAAGCGGAGGCGCGCACACCUAUACCAAGUCUCGAGCCCCUUGAAGGUUCCCUGGCCUCUCGCUAUGCCUUAUCACAAGUCGUCGUCGGAUCUCGCUAUCGUGCGCUUUCUGACCUGAUCUUGCUCGCGGCUGCACACGUACCGUGGCUUGACUCAGAGGACAUACAGGAACCGACCUCGAAGAAACGGAAACGAGCUAAAGUACCCCGCAGACUGCGUAUCGCACGCAUCAUCAAAGAUACGCUUCAAUUCCAUGCAUUGCCUCGAGAAGAACCGCACUUCGAUAUAGACUUGAACAAGUCGAAUCAGUGCAGUCUAAGUGAAGACGACGAGACAGAGACCGAGCCUCCGCGCAAGAAACGGCGGAAGCCCGACCUAGAUUCCUCAAAAUCGUUUCUCCUCAAUCCGCUUUCUUCUGAUUUACCCCCUUCUCCGCCUUCGUCACCUCCACGUUCACCUACGCGGCCAUACCGUCCACCCUCCGGCCUUCUCAGCGCCUGCACGCUGCUCUCCACAUCGCCCACUCGCGCACCGACACGUUCCUCUGCACUCUUGCGUCUCCUUAACGCAGAUGACGACGCAGAGGUCAUACCAGAUGACCUCCUUUUCGCGCCGGGUGAGCUAGAUUCCGUGUUUCGCUCUCAAGCUGAGCAAGAGGCUCUGGCGCCUCUGUUCCGACUCGAGUGGGGUGAAGACGACCCCGAAAACAGGCAUGACACUCGGGGUCCGGGCGCGACGAAAGGUGCGUCCAGGAAGGCAGGCGCUCAGCGGGAGAAGCCGGAGAAAGGACAAGGGUCCAGCAAGAUCAACAUGGACGCCUUCAACGAGCUCAUGGCGACAAACUCUCAUGACGAUGAUGAUGAUGACGGCAAUGACGAUAUAGACUUUGAUUGCCUAGAUGAUGAUGCUGUGGCUCCUGGUGCACCACUCGAUACUGGUCUAGAAGAUGAAGAGGCCGACGAGUGGUCCAGCGGAGAUCGUUGGCUGCCACCUUCCAAUAAUGUCCGCACACCGCCCCGAAAUACUGCGCUGGCAACUACAGAUGAAGAAGAGGUUCUGGAGGCUUGGCGUCCCCUCACGCCUUCUCCUACCCGAGGACGUAGCCGUGGUGGAGCGAUGGGCUGGGGAAGCGGGGCCGCAGAAAGAUACGAUGAAGAGUACUGAGACUUGGCUUUUUAGAACAUAGACGUACUAUACUAUACUCUACAUAUUGAAAGCAUACUUUGCAUAAUCC